CAGUGGGAGAGAGAGAGAGAGAGGGAGGGAGAGAGAGAAAUAGCGUGUGAGAGAGAGACACGGAAGAAGAGAGGGAGAAAGAGGGACACGAGACAGAGAUCAGACAGUGAGGAGGACUUUUCCAGAGAGCUGGAAGGAUUACAAGGACAGAGCUGAUCAGUGUUGGACCUUGACAAGCCUAGUACAGCUGCCUGCAUGGGACACAGGACUACAACCAGAACAACAACCUAACCCCCCCGUUCUAUAGUGGGUUAUUAUUGGAGCACUCCUCCAUGUUCAUGUAACUGUACUGCGUUUGGAUGAGCCUGUUGAUGGAUUGUUGGUCUCUGGAUCUCUGGAGUGACGUGUUGGGAGCGAGGAGCUUGUUGCUCUUCCAUAACCUGAAGGAGAAGUGAACGACAAGACCCUUUGUGACUGAGUUGGACUUCUCAGUUAAAACACAAGGGUAAUGUUAUAUCUGGCCACCGUCAAUCUCAAUCUGUGACUUUAUCUCAAUAUGUGUUUAUUGAUACAAGCAUCUGUAAGAAACUAGACAGAUCACUUGGGUCAACAUUAAAUUAUUACCGUUAGAGAAGCAAAGAAGUUACACGAUUUGAUGUUAUUUGAGAAUCCAAAAUUGCUAAACUGUUGACAGGGAAGAUGAAAUCAGCACUGCUCAAGGCUCUGACUGCGUUGUAAGUUGAACACCAUUGUGGCCGACUGUAACCUGAUCUCCAACACACUGCAGUAAUUACAAGGUGCAUGCAGGGAAACAUAGAGAGAGAUUUGUAAUUAGACUUGUCUAUAAAAAGAGCCAGGCAAAGGGCGAGGUCCCCACACAGAGAGAGAGAAAGGCGGAGAGUCAGGCCAAAGACACCCAGCUUGAAGGGAGGGAGGGGGGCUGUCUGGAGGCAUAGGAAGGAGGCUGCCUGGAGGCAUAGGAAGGAGGCCAACUGGAGGCAUAGGAAGGAGGCUGCAACUGGAGUCAUAGGAAGGAGGCCAACUGGAGGCAUAGGAAGGAGGCUGCCUGGAGGCAUAGGAAAGAGGCUGCCUGGAGGCAUAGGAAGGAGGCCAACUGGAGGCAUAGGAAGGAGGCCAACUGGAGGCAUAGGAAGGAGGCCAACUGGAGGCAUAGGAAGGAGGCUGCCUGGAGGCAUAGGAAGGAGGCCAACUGGAGGCAUAGGAAGGAGGCUGCAACUGGAGGCAUAGGAAGGAGGCCAACUGGAGGCAUAGGAAGGAGGCCAACUGGAGGCAUAGGAAGGAGGCUGCCUGGGGGCAAAGGAAAGAGGCUGCCUGAGGGCAUUGUUGAGUGUAAGUGACACCCAGACCCAGACAGCAACGACACCUAACCUGGAGUCAUCAUUGGGAAGAAGAGACACCCAGACAGCUUUUGGCAAUUAGGGGACAGGAGGUGUGACCAUGGACCCCCAAGGCGGACACUACCUGAACAAGGCGGCGGUGCUGUCUCCUCUAGGAGCGGCCCGUAUGCUCCAGCUCCUCCUGGGCUGCACCAUCAUAGCCCUGGUGGCCCACAGCGCCGGAUACAACCACGCCUAUGGUAUCUACUGCAUGUUUGUGUGGUGCUUCUGCUUCGCCAUGACCCUGCUGGUGUUCACCAUGGAUGUGACACGCCUCCCCUGCUGCAUGCCCAUUUCCUGGGACAACCUCACCGUGGCGUUCGCCAUGCUCGCCACACUCAUGUAUGUCGCCGCCUCCGUCGUCUACCCCGUCUACUUCCUGCGCUCUCAGUGCUCCAAGUCCGACGGGGGCUGCGAGGUGCGCAACUACCGCAUCGCUGUCACCGUGUGCUCCAGUUUCUGCUGCUUCGCCUACGCGGCUGAGGUGUUCCUGACCCGGGCCAAACCCGGCCGUGUGGUGGGCUACAUGGCCACCAUGUCAGGCCUGCUCAAGGUGGUCCAGGCCUUUGUGGCCUGCAUUAUAUUCGGGGCCCUGGCCAACGGCAGCGAGUACAACCGCCACAUCCCCACUCAUUACUGCGUGGUGGUCUACAGCCUGUGCUUCUCCAUCACCGUGGUCGUGAUCGCUGUGACCGUGUCGGGAAAAGCCUCGGCUCUGCCCCUGCGUUUCCCCUUCGACCGCUUCGUGAUCAUCUACACGUUCCUGGCGACGCUGCUGUACCUGAGCGCCGCCCUGGUGUGGCCCAUCUUUAGCUUCGACAGGAAGUAUGGCACGCCGGGUCGCCCCGACGGCUGUCCCUGGGAGAACUGUCCCUGGGACAGCAAGCUGGUGGUGGCGGUGUUCACCCAUGUCAACAUGGUGCUGUACUUCAGUGACCUAAUCUACUCCCAGAGGAUCCGCUUUGUCUCCCACUCCGCUGCCUGAGGACCCCUCCACCCUCCUCACUUCACUCUGCUGCCUGAGGACCCCUCCACCCUCCUCACUCCACUCUGCUGCCUGAGGACCCCUCCACCCUCCUCACUCCACUCUGCUGCCUGAGGACCCCUCCACCCUCCUCACUCCACUCUGCUGCCUGAGGACCGCUCCACCCUCCUCUCUCCACUCUGAUGCCUGAGGACCCCUCCUCACUCCUGGGGACCCCUCUACCCUCCUCACUCCUGGGGUGAAUCUCAAAAGUCUUUCCUCGGUUCCUCAUUGGACAUGGCGUACGAGGUAAGGGAGGAGAGCAUUGGAGAAGACAAGAGGAGAUACGAUAUUUGAAUGGACUUCUGCCUCGCUCUGACAUUGUGAGGAGGCGUGGAGAGGGGAUACGAGGAGUAGAGGCUAUAGACUUUUGAGUUGCACCCCUGGCCCUCAGAGACAGACAGAGACCACACUGGAAAUGACACACAGCAUCUCCACUCAAGAACCUCUGAAUGCCCCAUGCCUACUACAGAUUGCAUAUCGCCUCAAUUAUGUUAUGGCUUUGUGCCUUGUUGUGUCUUUCUUAACAUCAGUGUUGUGUCUUUCUUAACAUCAGUGCUGUCUUUCUUAACAUCAGUGCUGUCUUUCUUAACAUCAGUGCUGUGCCUUUCUUAACAUCAGUGUUAUGUCUUUCGUAACAUCAGUGUUAUGUCUUUCCUAACAUCAGUGUUGUGUCUUUCUUAACAUCAGUGCUGUGUCUUUCUUAACAUCAGUGCUGUGUCUUUCUUAACAUCAGUGUUGUGUCUUUCGUAACAUCAGUGUUAUGUCUUUCUUAACAUUAGUGCUGUGUCUUUCUUAACAUCAGUGCUGUGCCUUUCUUAACAUCAGUGCUGUGUCUUUCUUAACAUCAGUGCUGUGCCUUUAACAUCAGUGUUAUGUCUUUCGUAACAUCAGUGUUGUCUUAACAUUAGGGUUAUGUCUUUCCUAACAUCAGUGUUGUGUCUUUCUUAACAUCAGUGCUAUCUUUCUUAACAUCAGUGUUGUGUCUUUCUUAACAUCAGUGUUGUGUCUUUCUUAACAUCAGUGUUGUUAACAUCAGUGUUACGUCUUUCUUAACAUCAGUGUUGUGUCUUUCUUAACAUCAGUGCUGUGCCUUUCUUAACAUCAGUGUUGUGUCUUUCUUAACAUCAGUGUUGUGUCUUUCUUAACAUCAGUGUUGUGUCUUUCUUAACAUCAGUGAUGUGUCUUUCUUAACAUCAGUGCUGUCUUUCUUAACAUCAGUGUUGUGUCUUUCUUAACAUCAGUGUUGUUAAUAUCAGUGUUACGUCUUUCUUAACAUCAGUGUUGUCUUUCUUAACAUUAGUGUUGUGUCUUUCUUAACAUCAGUGUUGUUAACAUCAGUGUUACGUCUUUCUUAACAUCAGUGUUAUGUCUUAACAUUAUUAUCAGUAGUAUCAGUAUUAUAAUCUCUAAGAGAAACCUGAGACAAGGGCCAGUACUGUUGUAGGCACUCUGUCUUAUGGUGCAGUACAUUGGUUUAAUUCAGAGCUUUGAACAUGUUGGGCAACAUUUUCGUAGUGCAAAAGCGAUGUGCUAAACACAAAAGAAAUCUGUAAACCUCAUAAUCUGGCAGUGUGAUUUAAACUGAAACUUUUCCUCUACAAUCUGCGUUAUAAAGAAGCUAUUAUUUAUAAGGUUUAGUAAACUGAGCAAUCGAUAAAAUGUAGUCGCCUACUAAUAAUGCACAUUGUUGAAAAACAUUUUCAAGAUUAUAACGAGGUUCAUGGUCAUUUUUGUACUUUGCUUUUGUACUAUGAACAUGUCGCCCAUUAUGUAUUGAAGGAUGUCAUAAAUCAUCAUUGGGUUGUUUUCAUGUCUUGAAAUAGUCUGUUUUAUUUAUUGUGUUUCAAGAAACUUUUAUCUUAACUAAGAUGUUUUUUCUAAUAAUGACAAUAAUGUAUAAAAAAUGUAAUGUGUAGUGUGUUGAAUUGGCUUUCCAUCAUUGAGUACUUUUGGUGUUUAUACUAACACCCAACUGCAUGUUUCAACUUCAACUCUUGUUUUAGUCUAAGUUCAGUCAGUGUGUAGAUUAAUUUUGAGCUGAAUGUUCAGUGUAUCAACUGUCAAUACGAAAUUGGUAAUAUACAGUAUGUGUGAGUGUGUGCAUGAGUGUGAGUGUGAGUGUGUGUGUGUGUGUGUGUAAGGGGGGGUUAUGGAAUUGACUGCAUAGGUACAUCUACCACUUUUUGAUAUGUGAUGUCUGCACUGCAAAACAUCCCUGAACACUGUAUUGUAAUGAAAACCAUGCGAUGUACUCAAUGAUAUAAACCGAUAGAAAAGUUCUGAAACUUGUGAAUAUUCAGAAUGUCAUUAAAAUGAACAGAUUGUUUGGUCUGUGCGCCUGUU